ACAGCUACUGCAUGCAAGCUGUGACGUGCUUUUAAGAUAUAAUGGCAGCAUGCCCUAAUAGCAGGGAGGGGAUGAUUUAUCAGAGUGGCAAAGGGGCUGAGAGACAAGUCCUGCUGCAGUCCUAAAAAGUGUACAGCUGUCAGAUACCCAGAGAAGAGGAAGGGCGUGUGAGAGCAAUCUGCCUCUGCUCCUCAUUGCAAGCUUCAGGGAUUUGUGACACCGUGGUUCUUGGGAACGCUGGAGUCUGAGUGCAGCUACUGAAAAGUCACACAGCUAGCAGUGAAUGCUACUCUCCUUUCAAGGCUGAGUGGACUAUUAAUGACUGAAUGGGCUCUGCUGGGAAGGCUUGUCCUCACACCAUGACAGCUGAUGUGUCAGAAGCUGGAGAGCUAGCUCUGGAGCCUCUACUCACUUGCAAGCUAUGUCUCUGUGAAUAUUCCCUGGAUAAGAUGACCACUCUUCAGGAAUGCAGCUGCAUCUUUUGUACAGCGUGUCUAAAACAGUACAUGCAGCUGGCAAUUCAAGAAGGUUGUGGUUCUCCUAUCACAUGUCCAGACAUGGUGUGCUUAAACCAUGGGACUCUACAAGAAGCAGAGAUUGCCUGUUUGGUGCCUGUUGACCAGUUUCAGUUGUACAAGAGGUUGAAGUUUGAACGAGAAGUGCACUUGGACCCCCAGAGAACAUGGUGCCCCACGGCCGACUGCCAAACGGUGUGCCACAUUGCAGCAAGCGAGCCUAGAGCGCCGGUGCCGGUGGAGUGCCCGGCUUGCCACCUGCGGUUCUGCUCCUCUUGCAAGGAGGCCUGGCACCUGCAGCACCUGUGCCAGGAAAACCAACCUACUCCAGUCCCAACCGAGCAGGGAUCCCUUAUUGGAACAGAGACAGAGGCACCAAUUAAGCAGUGCCCAGUUUGUCGGAUCUAUAUUGAGCGAAACGAGGGCUGUGCUCAGAUGAUGUGCAAGAACUGCAAGCACACGUUUUGCUGGUACUGUCUGCAGAAUUUGGAUAACGAUAUCUUCUUACGCCAUUACGACAGAGGCCCUUGCAGAAACAAGCUCGGCCACUCACGGGCUUCAGUGAUGUGGAACAGAACUCAGGUUGUGGGGAUCCUCGUUGGACUCGGUAUCAUAGCACUGGUGACCUCUCCCUUGCUGCUCGUGGCAUCUCCAUGCAUCAUCUGCUGCAUUUGCAAAUCUUGCCGGAGCAAAAAGAAAAACCACAGUCCUCCAACAACCUAAAACUCUGUGUCUGUUUGAGUCUGCACCCGUACAGCAUAUGUAUGUGAGAAAGCACAUUGGUUGUAUUUUGGUGCCACACCUCCCAAAUAAUGCUCCUUUUUGUCUGCCAAUUCUUGGGAUAAGUGCCUAUUCUUUACAGGCUAUUCUAUCACUAACAAAUCCGAGUGUGGGAAAGAUCUAGAUUAUUGUGCAGUACGUAUGGUGUGGGCUUUUGCUUCCCGAAAAGGAAACCAGGACACCAUUCACUAGUUCAUACCAUAAAUAUGAGACACCUUCCAAGACUGCUGGAACUUUCCCAUUUUCCAUCAGCUGCACAUGACUUGAUCCUGCAGUGUUACACUGCCUUUGCAGACCCAGUCAUUACUGUUGUGCUUUCUGUUGGUUCUUGGUGACACUCAGAUUUCUCAGAAAGUUCUGGGUAUUUUGCGAAAGAGGGAGAGGGAAAAGCCUGAUUAGAUUCUUCUGCCUGGUAGCUUGUGUCCUGUUAAAGGUAACAAACCAUUAAGAAAAGGGGUUUGGUAGUUCCCUGUCAAUUGGCUGCCAUGGCAUUUCUUUCAGGAUUGAAAUCAAUUUGAUUUUUUCUAUUGAUCUCAUUUACAGAAGCAUAAAACCAACAGAACACUUUCCAGCUAAGACAGGGUUCUCUUCUGAGAGCCCAGACUACCUUGAGAAAGCUGCUGUUUCUUCUGGUUCCAACACAACAUAUCUACCAUGAAAUAUGAGGAGUAUGCAUAUUUCCCUGUCAUUGGGCAUGCCUUUUGUCAGUAACAUGGAUGUAGCAAACUCAGCAAGAAGCUAAUAUUUUAAGAGGGGUCAUGAUACAGUUCCCCUUCAGUGCACAGUGUUGGGAUCUUGGUUGUGUGAGCAUAGAGUGGCCUCAUGGGCAUGGAUAUAUGGGGUACAUAUGUACAAUGUAUUUUCUGGGCAGUCAGUGUAUUUUUUUCCAUAGUUUACAUGCGGGGUCAGCAAGAACCCUGUUAAAAGUUACUCAGACCAGGCUAAGCCAAGCCCUCCUUUAAGAUCUUAUGGACCUACUGAAGUGAAUACUUGGGAAAUGCUGUGUAAAUGUGAGUUCCAUCCAUUGGUGGGUAUUUGUUUUGUCCUGCUCAAGGUUAACAAUCGUUGUUACCAAUAUUUUUCAGUGACACUAAAUCUGGAAGGCUGUCAUUUAACAAACCCUUCAUUUUAAUUUUGCGCCUCAUCACCAAACUGAUUCAGACCCUGGUAUCAGUUACACUUGUAUAAGUUCACUGAAAGAGCUGGAGUUACUCCAGGCUUGCUCAGGAGUAGCUGAGAUCAGGCUCUGCUCCCUGGAGUUUAUUUCCUUAUUGGCUGC